UAAAUUUUAAAUAUUUUUGAUAAAUAUUUUUAUAAUUUAUUAAAAUUGUGUUUUCCAAUUUAUUUACAAUAUUUUGUUUCAUUUACAGAUAAUUUUAUGGAUUUGUAAAUAUUUUGUCAGAUUCGUGAGUAAUUCAAACUUGUGUAAGAUCGUCAUUUGUAUAAAUUUAAAAUAAUAAAAUUCGGAAAGAUGGAUGACAUGGCCGAGUAUCGCAGACGCCAUAGAGAAGCGUAUUUAAAACGAGUUGGACUAGAUUCCCAGCAAUCCUCAGAUAAAUCCACCUCAUCCAAGCAUAACAUUAAUAACCCGGGCAAUAAUAUUAACAAUAAUGCUGAAAAUAAUAACAAAUUCCUGUCAAAUAAUAUAAAUGAUCAAAAAUAUAUGGAUGAGUUGGAUGCGAAUGACCUGUUUAGAGAUGACUUGGAUAGAGUGAGUGGAUUAGAUGAAGUGGAUGGAAUAAUGGGAAAGAGGGAGAGAGAUGCGGAAUUGAUGGAUGAUGAAGCAUCACUGGAGUUGGCGAAGAAGUUACAGAGAGAAUUUGACUCGAUGGAAGAGGUUAGAAAACCUGAUGACAGUUAUAAGGAGUGUCUGUUAUCUGGCCCCUCAGACCCUAUCAAUGUUAUCGAUGAAAAUGCUGAUAUGGACUUACAAAGAGCUAUCGCAAAAUCACUCAUCGAUAUGUAAUCAAACCCUCGGAUUCCCGUAAUGCACUCCUUAAACAUGCUUUAAAAAGACUUAAAUAAAUAUUAAUUUGCUGUUAAU